AUGGCAGAGAAGAUCCUGGUGACCGGCGGUGCUGGCUACAUCGGCAGCCACUGUGUGCUGGAGCUGCUGCAGGCUGGCUACGUCCCUGUGGUCAUAGACAACUUCCACAAUGCCAUCCGAGGGGCAGAUGAGCUCCCCGAGAGCCUGCGGCGAGUGCAGCAGAUCGUGCAGCAGCCAAUCCUCUUCCAGGAGCUGGAUAUCACUGAUGAGGCAGCACUGCAGGAGCUCUUCAGCAAGCACAGCUUCUCAGCCGUGAUGCACUUUGCAGGGCUGAAGGCUGUGGGGGAGUCUGUGCAGAAGCCCCUGGAGUACUACAGGGUGAACCUCACAGGCACCAUCCGGCUGCUGGAGACCAUGAAAGCCCACAGCGUGAGGAACAUUGUCUUCAGCAGCUCUGCCACCGUCUAUGGAGACCCCAAGUACCUGCCCCUGGAUGAGAACCACCCCGUGGGAGGCUGCACCAACCCCUACGGCAAAUCCAAGUACUUCAUUGAGGAGAUGAUUCGAGAUCUCUGCAAAGCAGAGAGGGACUGGAACGCUGUCCUCCUGCGCUAUUUCAACCCCAUCGGUGCCCACGAGUCAGGCAUGAUCGGAGAGGAUCCUCAGGGAAUCCCAAACAACCUCAUGCCCUACGUGGCACAGGUGGCCGUGGGGCGCCGGCAGUUCCUGAGCGUGUUCGGCAACGACUACAAGACAGAGGAUGGAACAGGUGUCAGGGAUUACAUCCACGUGGUGGAUUUGGCCAAGGGCCACAUCGCUGCGCUCAGGAAGCUGAAGGAGAACUGUGGCUGCAAGAUCUACAACCUGGGCACAGGCACUGGCUACUCUGUCCUGCAGAUGGUCCAGGCCAUGGAGAAAGCCUCAGGAAGGGAGAUCAAGUACAAGGUGGUGGGCCGGCGGGAGGGGGAUGUGGCCUCCUGCUACGCUGACCCCGCGCUGGCCGAGCGUGAGCUGGGCUGGAAAGCUGCCUGUGGCCUGGACAAGAUGUGCGAGGACCUGUGGCGGUGGCAGCUGCAGAAUCCUACUGGCUUCAGCAAGAACUGA